AUGUCAAAGCCAAAGGUUGCAAUUGUCUUAUACUCUUUAUACCACCAUGUCUACACCUUAGCCGAAUCGGCCAAAGUUGGUGUUGAAAGAGCUGGCGUCAAGGCAGAUUUAUUCCAAGUCAAGGAAACACUUUCUCCAGAAAUUCUCAAGUUGGUCCAUGCUAAACCAAAAUUGGACUUGCCAGAAGCUACAAAUGACACACUUACCAACUACGACGCAUUUCUUUUUGGUAUCCCCACAAGAUACGGUAAUAUGCCAGCUCAGUGGAAAUCUUUCUGGGAUGGUACAGGUGGAUUAUGGGCUAAAGGAGCAUUGAGGGGUAAACAUGCCGGUGUCUUUGUUAGUACUGGUACCCAAGGUGGUGGACAAGAAACCACCGUUAUCAACACCCUAAGCACAUUGGCACAUCAUGGUAUUAUCUACGUCCCCUUUGGAUACGGACACGAGGGCCAAUCCAAUUUGACAGAGAUCCAUGGUGGUUCACCAUGGGGCGCAGGAACCUUUGCUGCUCCAGAUGGUUCGAGACAAGUUACUGAUCUUGAAAAGGCAAUUGCCGAACAACAAGGGCACGAUUUUGUCGAGAUGAUUACCAAAUGGAAACAAUAA